GGCGGCGGCUUAGGUCGGUGAGCGGUGGUUUGAAUUUCUGUUGGAUGUUAUUGUUGAUGGCGAUUGCCCCGCCAGUCAGUUCGGUUGUCAGUAUUUGAUGAAACAUUGACUCAUCUUAAACUGGUAUAAACAGCAAAUGAGAAGAGUUGACGGAAUAAAAGUCAGACCUCAGCUGCAGUAUUUUUCUCUUGUGGUCCUGGGCUGUGUGUUGGAGGCGAUGCGUCAUGAUUCAUCUGCAAGUCGCCGAAAGGGCAAAACCCCUCAACGUCGCUCCCCGCCGCUGGCCCCAGGGACCUCUGGUUCGACACCCCGGCCCCCAAGACGACGUGAAGUUUCAAAGGAGCCCCCUCUAACUCCCAGGAAGAGAAGGUUUCGACCAGGGACCAAAGCCUUAAUGGAGAUCCGCAAGUACCAGAAGAGCACAGAUCUUCUGCUGAGGAAAGGACCCUUCUCUCGCCUGGUUCGUGAAGUCUGCGAGAGUUUUUCCAGAGAAAGUCUCAGAUGGCAGGUCUACGCUCUACUGGCCCUGCAGGAGGCUGCAGAGGCGUUUCUCGUCAUGUUAUUCUCAGAUGCCAACCUGUGUGCCAUCCAUGCCAAGCGGGUCACAGUGUUCCCCCGUGAAAUUCAGCUAGCCAGGAGAAUCCGUGGAGUGGAUAACCUGUAAAAACAACCCAGUACAGAGUGGACAAGCCAGCAACAUUCUUCCUUCUUCACUCUGUUCUGGUGCUAUGAUACUGCAUAGUUUGGAAUGUGGGUUUAAAUUUUCCUGAGAAAAGAAAUCAUAUGUGUUGGUAGAUCAUCAGAGGUUUUAUGAAAAGAUACCAAGUUCACGUUCAGGUCCUUUGUGUUUGCUUCAGGUCACCUUUACAAAUUGAAUAAGCAGAUGUAUCUUUUCAUACUUACUGACUAAUAUUAUAGAUCUGCUAUGUUUGUGUGAUAUCUGUGUUGUGUUAAUUUUGAUAUAUUUUUAAUGUGUACACAAUGUUACCCAUUCAAGAAAACUUGUUGAUAAAAAGCAAAUCUUUUUCUAUUACAUUCCUGAUGUCUUAAACUGGUUUGUCAUUAUUUCAUGUCAUUACACAUCUUUGUAUGAUGUUAUCAGGAAUGUUGUUUUUCACUUAAAUAGAAAGGCAUGCCAAAGAGGCCAAUUUUCUUCAAACUCAGUCAAGGGAUUGAGGGAUUUUUUUUUUAUACUUCCUGGUGUCCAUUUGAAUUUUUUUUUUUUUUUUUUUUUAAAUUGGUCCUUGAGGGUGGAGAUGGGUGGCCAAUCAGAUCUGAUAAUACCUGCACUCUGAGCCAGCUGGGGCACCCUGUGAGGCAGGAAGAACAGGUGCUGAACUUAAGUAUAGAUGCUGUAAGCGUGAUCUGUCUACAAUAAAAUUAAAGCAGAUCUCAGGUUAGUGCUCACAGAUGAGAAUGGGUCCGAAAACCCAGAGAAGUGAAAGCCAACAGGUAGUCUGAAAGAGAAACAGGUCCCCAUGUACCCAUAUGGCAUUUUCUGUAACCUGUUCUUUUAGGACCCUAAUGGUGUCUAAUUAAGAAUUUGUCAUGUUGCCUAGGUCAACUAAUGACCUAUGGGUUUCCUACUUUCUCAUAUCAUGCCAGGAAACAAAUGGAAAGGGAGGAUGAAGAUGUCUGUGUCCAGGAUCCUUCCUACUGCCAACUUGAAGACCAGUUUUAUGGCAAGCAGGUAGAGAACAACCAUGCUGUCUGUCUCCUGGUCUGACUGGAGGGCAUGGAUCCCGGUGACUUCAACUUGGCACAAAAUACCCCAAUCCAUGGUAGCUUAUAUUCCUGACAAACGAUCUACCAAUACAAGACCUUAUCGAAGUUUACUAGGUGUGAAUCAGUCAACUUCAUUCUCCAUCUGAUGAUGACAUUAAGUGAUGAGCUGUUUCCUCCCUGAUGAGAGCAGCUGUCUUGCACUUUGCCAACUAGGUUAUUGCCUCUUUACUCCCCCAGACCUAAGGUACAUCUCAUGUCUCUUUGUUGUAAUUUCCUUGCACCUCUUGAGUCAUUCUGUUGUGCCAUUUCAAAGACUGUCUCUAAGCUCUUCUGUGCGUUCCAAUACCCGUACUACCAUACUAUAUAGUAAGCCAGAAAUAGAUUUAGUGGGUGCGCUCUGAAUCACUUACUUUUUCUUUUUACUUUAAGUAGGUACUGCAACUGCCCUUGAAAAGUAUAUACUGUUGGAUGCAGUAUGAACACAACUGUGACUUACUGUUUUCUUAUAACAGUACGCCCUGAACUUUGACCCUCUUACUCAAAUAUCUGUUACCAUGGAAAUAAAACAAAUUGCUUUUCACCGAGUCAACCCUGACAGCUCUGCUGCUGUUGUUUUACACUAAGUACUAACUGCAUCCAUUGUAGACUCUAACAUACUAUAUUCACGAUAGUAAAAUGACUGCAGGCUACAGUCAUGGUAAUCAUAAGUGCAAGAAGCUUCUUCAGUUCUAAAUGACUGGUACGGAGUUGCAGGCUUUAAACCCUGUGUGGGUGUGGACCCUUGCAAAGUCGUAGGGGGCAGAAACUUGUCCACCCCAAGGACAAAACACUGAGACAUAAGCAGAGUAAUGUAGUGUAUGCAGUUCAGUGCAGCCAGGAGUGCACAGAUUUAUACAUUAGGGAAACAAAACAACCACUCCACAAGCGCAUGGCACAUGAGACCCAGCUCCUCCUUCUCCUCCUCCUCCUCCUCCUUCAUCUUCUUCCUCUUCUUCUGCCUCUUCUGCCUCUUCUUCUUCUUCUUCUGGGGAGGGCCAAAAUACACUCCAAAAAGAAUGCAGAUUCUGGUUUUAAUGAAUCUCAUUUUUGCAAAUGCUAAAUUAGAGAUUAGGAAAAGCCAGAAAAAUAAUGUUGUUGGAGUGGGCUGGACUGAUGCAGUGCUCUGUCUGAAGGGUUUGGUGACAGCUCGUCUGAGGGUCAAACAUGCAUUUUAUAAACUGACCAAUAAUUUGAAUGGUUUUAGAGAUGUGUGGGCUGUUAGGCAGGUUCUGUGCUCACUGGGGAAGAAUGGCUCUUUGGGGCUGAAUUUUUAGAAAGGUAGAUGUAGUUUUUUAGGUUUUGUGUGAUUCGUGUAUAUGUGGAAAUAUUAAUGUUUGAUUAAUUUAUUCUGAAAUAGGUUUUUAACCAACUAUCAGAAUGUCUCACAAAUAAAGUUGUUUUCGAAUGGGAA